CCUAUCAAUCAAACUAUCCGAGCGACGCACAAAAAAUGCCCGGGGCUGAGGGAAAGAGAUAGUACUCUGUUAGGGGCUCACAGGACUGACGUGGGACAGUCGAGCCAAUCUUCUCCUAAAAACAUCUAGGAGGAGGGGAAAUGUGUCGGGUUUUUGAAGGACAGGAGGUUUGAUACUAGCGAGGGCCGAGCGCUGAGUGAAGGCCAGGUUCAGUCAGCCCAGAGGAGCGCUAGAUGACAGGCUCAGGCCUAAAUUAACAGCUUUAGAAUCGGCUUUUAAACUAACAGUAAUUAAAAGUGCACGUUACCGUCCUUUAAAUUACAUUUACGUCGAGGACCGCGCUCAUGUGUGUAACGUUAGUAUUUGUUUGGCGCUCGCUGCUAUGGCGACUCGCUCCUGUGUGCUAGCGGGCUAAUUCUCCAGCUAACGGCUCCGGGAACAUGGCGUUUGCUACUCAACACCCGCUGCUACAUUAUUUCUCAGUCCACAUAACGUGAACAUUUAGACUGGACCGACAAGUGUUUCCUUGGUUUUCAUGUUUAAUCGGAGUCAAUGACUUAAACGAUCUGAUAAAAACACGCCAACUAACUAACGCGUCGCAGUCUAGUCGUUAUUUACACCAGCAACGCUUUAGCUAGACUUAUUUUUUGUUAAUAAACCAAAUUGUCAAAUGGCUUCUGGUUGAGAUUGGCUUAAACGGACUUGCCAUUAUGUGAAGUUAGCGUAGUUUUGUUGGAUAAUAAGUAUAAUUUAUGUAAAUUGCUCAACACCAAUGUUGAAGACAUGAGAGAAACAGAAGCGCACUCCCCACAGCAGCUGUGAUGGUGAUAUAGUGGGUGUGUGCUGAUCAAACAUGCAGAAUCAGAUGUCGAUCUGUAGUAAAUCACGCUGGGUUUACAUAUCAAUACAUUCAGACUUCCCUUUGCUAGUUUACACCAUGCAUUCCCCCUUUGAUUAGGUGCAUGUGCUAAAUACGAAAGAAAGCUAUAAGCCCGUAUAAUCAUGUUGGUUAAGAUCAAAAGUGGUUUACAUAGGAGUUUACACUAACUAUAUAGCUGUUUCUGUCAAAAACCUUUUUUUUUUUUUAAUGCAUCUUUACUUUUAGUUCGUUCCCAGCUGCCUGCCCUUAUGGUGACCCAGUGUUGGCAGCAGUCACUUUAUGAUGUCUGCCCAUUCUUUGUCUGUAGACAAAUAUCAAGAGGGAGAUCAGCAGAUGCAGAUCAUGGAGCAGUCAGAGAGUGACCUUGAGAAGGGCUUUGCCAGUGAAAACAGGGGAAGCUCCAGCAGCCCUGCAUCCACUGAACCACAAACACAAAUGGAUGUCUACAAAGCCUGCAUAUAUAGACAUCCCCUCUUCCCUCUCUUGGCCCUGCUGUUUGAGAAGUGUGAGCAGUCCACUCAGGGCUCUGACUGCGUAACCUCUGCCAGUUUUGAUGUUGACAUUGAAAACUUUGUACGCGUUCAGGAGAAAGAUGGCAAAGCCUUCUUUAGUGAAGACCCAGACCUUGAUAGCUUGAUGGUCAAGGCCAUCCAGGUGCUAAGGAUUCAUCUAUUAGAGCUUGAGAAAGUUAGUGAUCUGUGCAAGGACUUCUGCAGCCGUUACAUUACCUGCCUCAAGACCAAGAUGAACAGUGAGACACUUCUGAGUGGAGAGCCAGGCAGCCCGUACUCUCCAGGCCAUGACCAAUUGUCCAAUGCCUUCUCAGGUGUCCUCAAUCCCCAGGGCAUUGUGGUGCCCUCACAAGGUCUUCAACAAGGCAGUGUUACAAUGACCACGGUCAACCCGUCUCAUGUGGUCACAGGUAAUACAGUAUAUCAGCCUGUGACUGUAGUCACACCACAGGGGCAAGUGGUGACACAAGCCAUCUCACCUGGAACCAUACACAUCCAGAACUCACAGCUCCAGCUUCAGCUCAAUCAGGACCUGAGUUUCUUUGGGGGAGAUGACAGCUCACCUAAAAACAAGCGUGGGGUUCUCCCCAAACAGGCUACCAAUGUCAUGCGCUCCUGGCUCUUCCAGCACAUUGCGCACCCCUAUCCCACUGAGGAAGAGAAAAAGCAACUUGCAAUUCAAACAAACCUGACUUUACUCCAGGUCAACAAUUGGUUUAUUAAUGCUCGAAGACGGAUCUUGCAGCCAAUGCUAGAUGCCAGCUCCACAGAGAUGUCUAAAGCCAAGAAGAAGAGCGCUCCGAGCCGCCCGCUUCACCGCUUCUGGUCUGACUCUAUCACCUCAUCUGAAACCCAGCAGCAGCUCACAAUGCCAGACGGUAGUAUGGUUACAGUGGGGAUGAACGUCGAUGGCUUCCAGACGCUUUCAUCAGAUGGGGCAGCUCUUGCCAUGCAGCAAGUCAUGAUGGGAGAUCACAGCGAGGAUGAAUCCGAGGAAAGCAGCAAUGAAGAUGAGGCAGAUUUGUCAUCUGCUGACAUGACUGGGCUGGGUUUAGAUGUUAGUGAAUAAGACACAUGGACCUCAGGUCACACACUGCAUGCUUGCGUUUACAUGACACUGGUGACAAGAGAUCCAGUCCCCUCGUAGACUUUCAGCAAAGCUGAUACUUGUGCACUACAAAAACAAAUAAUUUAAGAGUACGGUAUGUUACUCACACAAACAUUUAACAGAGAGCACAACGUUACUGAAUCAUGCAGAGCGAGGAGUUGCAGUUCUGCACCUGGUUUUAUUGCAUAGACAUGCAGGUGCGUGCACUUUUAUAUACAGACCCUUCAUGAAGAUUGGAACAGUAGAACGCAGAGGAAAGGUUUUGAGCUUCUGUAGUGAAUGUUUGUAAUGGACUUUUUCCUAUAUUAACUCGUUUGAAUGCCAAGAUUUUAAGAGUGUUGUCGUGCUGGUUUUAUUCACAAUGCAUGUUCAUGUUUUCUUGUAUGCCACGCUUGUAGAGAGGCUCCAGACGGAGUUCGAGAGAAGAGAUGAUUAUUUUUAUAUAUGAAUGUUGUAAAAAGUGUUGUUUUUUUCUUUUCUUCUUUUGUUUGUUUGUUUGUUUAUGUUUUAUAGGGAAUAUUUAUGUACAGAAACGGUACUAUCUGCCCUGUUUUCGGGGGUUGACAAAGUUUUUUAGAAAAAGCUAAAAAGAUGUUGGAUUAUAAACAUUUUUAAAUAUGUUAAUUGGUUUUAAAGGAAAACGCCACAGUUUUUUCAUAUUCCACUAUUUUUCCCUCAACUUAGACGAGUUGAUAUAAAAUGUGGCGAUUUUUUUUUUAAGCAGAUAAAAAUGACGACUAAUGUGUGCUGCGAAGUGCUCUUCAGUCACUCAUUAACACAUUAAGUGUGUGCUCCUAAAUUCGUCCCUGUUUGGAUCCUAAGGAAUGAAUGAUCCUAAGUUAAACGCAAGCAUAGUGGCACCGCACUACAGCAAUUGAGUGCUUGGACUGAGAUGGGAGAGGUACAUAUCAACUCUUCUAAGUUGAGGGAAGAACAUAUCGGAAUAUGGAAAAACAGUGGCGUUUUCCUUUAAAACUCACAUACAAAAUGCCUUACAUAUUCUUUUGUAAAACUAUACUGCUGAUAAGCACAGAAAGCCUGAUAUGUUGAUUAAAUUUAGUAAUAUGAGUUACAUAAAAGUCUCUUCCAGUAGUGUUGCUUAUGCUGAAGAUGUUCCUUAGUUUCAGAGGGACAUUUUUGUUUUUACUAUGUAGGUUAACAUGCAAAGCUUCCUUUAAUCAGAGUUAUAGAUGCUUUGGGCAAUUAUGGCAUAAAAUGUCCAUAUAAAAGUCAAAUAAAGGUCAAGUUUUUAGUA